UAUCUUCGGGUACCAAAAUAAUGUGUUUAAAACGUAAGACAAAAUAUCAUUCGAAUACAUUUAUUUAAAACAGAAAUCAUUAAAAUUGGUUGAAAAAUAACUUGCAGUAAAAUUAAAAAGGGUAAUUUAGAGUUUCAUUGUAUUAUUUACCGUUUUCUACCUUUUAUCAGAAUGCUUUCACCUUUAAAAUGAAUACUAAAAAUGAUUAUAAAGCUGUUUCAAGACUUUCGAGAGAGUAUUAGAACGGGAAAAGAUUAUCCAUAAAGCUAAUUUGGACAAUUUGAAGAGUUUCUUUGGAAUUUCGAACUUUUUCUUCCGUUUUUAAAACUACUUUACCUUCAAAAUGAAUAAUGAAAAGGUUUAUGAAGCUGUUUCAAGACUUUCGAGAGAGUAUUACAACGGGAAAAGAUUAUCCAUAAAGCUAAUUUGGACAAUUUGAAGAGUUUCUUGGAAUUUCGAACUAUUUCUUCCGUUUUAUAAACAACUUUGUCUUCAAAAUGAAUGCUGAAAAGGUUUAUGAAGCUGUUUCAAGACUCGAGAGAGUAUUAGAACGGGAAAAGAUUAUCCAUAUAGCUAAUUUGGACAAUUUGAAGAGUUUCUUUGGAAUUUCGACCAUUUUCUUCUGUUUUCAAGACUAUUAUAUCUUCAAAAUGAAUACUAAAAAGGAUUAUUCAGCUGUUUCAAGCCUUAUGAGAGAGGAUUAGAACUCGAUAUGACUAGCAAUACAGUCAAUUUGGAUAAUUUGGAGAGUUUCCUUGGAAUUUCGACCAUUUUCUUCCGUUUUCAAGACUAUUAUAUCUUCAAAAUGAAUACUAAAAAGGAUUAUUCAGCUGUUUUAAGCCUUAUGAGAGAGGAUUAGAACUCGAUAUGACUAACAAUACAGUCAAUUUGGAUAAUUUGAAUAGUUUCCUUGGAAUUUUGACCGUUUUCUUCCGUUUUCAAGACUAUUAUGUCUUCAUAAUGAAUACUGAAAAGGAUUAUUCAGCUGUUUCAAGUCUUAUGAGAGAGGAUUAGAACUCGAUAUGACUAGCAAUACAGUCAAUUUGGAUAAUUUGGAGAGUUUCCUUGGAAUUUCGACCAUUUUCUUCCGUUUUCAAGACUAUUAUAUCUUCAAAAUGAAUACUAAAAAGGAUUAUAAAGCUGUUUCAAGCCUUAUAAGAGAGGAUUUGAACUCGAUAUGACUAGCAAUACAGUCAAUAUGGAUAAUUUGAAGAGUUUCCUUGGAAUUUUGACAGUUUUCUUCCGUUUUCAAGACUAUUAUGUCUUCAAAAUGAAUACAAAAAAGGAUUAUAAAGCUGUUUUAAGCCUUAUGAGAGAGGAUUAGAACUCGAUAUGACUAACAAUACAGUCAAUUUGGAUAAUUUGGAGAGUUUUCUUGGAAUUUCGACCGUUUUCAUCCGUUUUCAAGACUAUUAUAUCUUCAAAAUGAAUACUAAAAAGGAUUAUAAAGCUGUUUCAAGCCUUAUAAGAGAGGAUUUUAACUCGAUAUGACUAGCAAUACAGUCAAUUUGGAUAAUUUGGAUAGUUUUCUUGGAAUUUCGACCGUUUUCAUCCGUUUUCAAGACUAUUAUGUCUUCAAAAUGAAUACUAAAAAGGAUUAUUCAGCUGUUUUAAGCCUUAUGAGAGAGGAUUAGAACUCGAUAUGACUAACAAUACAGUCAAUUUGGAUAAUUUGAAUAGUUUCCUUGGAAAUUUGACAGUUUUCUUCCGUUUUCAAGACUAUUAUGUCUUCAAAAUGAAUACUAAAAAGCCUUAUGAGAGAGGAUUAGAACUCGAUAUGACUAACAAUACAGUCAAUUUGGAUAAUUUGAAUAGUUUCCUUGGAAUUUUGACCGUUUUCUUCCGUUUUCAAGACUAUUAUGUCUUCAUAAUGAAUACUGAAAAGGAUUAUAAAGCUGUUUCAAGUCUUAUGAGAGAGGAUUAG